CUUCUGGCAUGUUGCAUUUGGAUAAAUUUGGCAAGCAACGAUCUUGAUAAAUGAUACGAGCCAUUGGGAGCGUGAACAGAGGAAGCCAAGCUGAUCCAUCAGUAGGUAUUUCUGUUGUCGUCUUACUCAGAGUUGAAGCCGAGAAACUAGAACCUGGCUUUCGGAUUUCCAUUGGGGAGGCAGACUAGACCUUUAAGAGGCCCAGAUCAAAAAAUCAAAUAGACACUCUUGAGUGCUCCAGAAACAAAAGCCCCAGGUACUAUCUGGACUGAGACAGGAUCAGAACACCGUAGUAAGGAAGCUACAAUUAGAAUUUUGGAGAGAAUGAAAUACAGGCCUUGAGGAUCUAGAAAAACCAAUCCAGAAACAUUAUUUGGCUUAGCCUGAACAGGUUGUUGAAUACAGAUAAGUUAUAGAAGUUGCAGCUCUUUCAGUGAUUUACAGCUGCCAGGGACUACAUGGAGGCUCAGAAAAGCGCAGGAUUUCCUUCCGCUGCCCCUCGCUUCUGAACCCAUGGAGAGCCUCAACAAUUUCUGCCGCCUCUGCGGCGCGGUGCUUCGCGGCAACCACCGGCGAUGGCUCUUCAGCCGCAGUGGGGGCAGUUCGUGCCCUGACCUGCAGGUGGUGCUGUCCUACGUCCUCAGCCGGGAGCCUCCCCAGCGCGGCGACGGGCGGGGGGAGUUCUUGUGCGGGAAAUGCGCCCAGGCCUUGGGCCGGGUGUACCGUUUUGACACCGUCAUUGCCCGGGUGCAAGCCCUGUCCAUCGACCGCCUCCAGCGCCUGCUCUCAGAGAAGGAUCAACUGGCUCGCACCCUCCGCCACAUCCACGCGCAGCGGUUCCCGGAGGAUGCCGGCGCCACGUUCUCCUACGUGGGCCAAGAGAUCUCUGCCAGCAUCGCGGAUCUGCCCCACGUGCGCUACCAGCGCCUCCUGCAGGACGACAUGGCCCUCUCUCAGUAUGAGUGCUGGGCCGGGGACGCCGACGGCAGCAGCCCGGGGACGCCCUGCCGGUCGCGGCAGUGCCGCAGCUGCCACGGGCUCCGGGUGGAGGAUUCGGAUUACGAGUGGGUGUGCCGGACCCCGAGGCGGCUGGGGGUGCUGUCUCCCGGCUUCCCCCUCUGCCGGGACAAGUCGCAGAGCAUGCCCACGGUCCACCGCGCCGGCUCCCGCGCCUCGCUCCGCUCGCAGAGCUUGGGAGACGCUGAGUCUUGCUCGAUGCUGUCGUUGGACACUCUGCACACUCUGCCAGAGUCAGACGUGGCCUGGGAGGCUCUGAGGGCACUGAGGGGCAUCGAGAGGAAACAGCUGCGGGUGCCGGCGGGCAGCAAGAUCCCGGUGCUGGCCAGGAACAGGCAUGUGCCCACUCCUCGGAGGGAGAGCCCCUUGGGGGAGGAGGCAUUUGAAGAGAUGGUGGAUGAGUUCCUGCCGCUGGAGCCGAAGUUCCAGGCUCAGCAGAUGCUGCAACAGGAUUUCCAAGGGGCGUAUGAGAACCUGAAGCAGCGCCUUGAGGCUGCCGAAGAAGAACUCAGGAGCUUUCAGGAGAAGCUGGGAGAGGACGUGAAGCCGGAGGCUGGGAUUUCACCGGAGGUGAAGGCCGGCAGUAGCCAAGAGCGGCUGAUUCAGCAGCUGGCAAGGUGUCUGCAGAGCAAGGAAAGGGCCUUACAGGACUGUCUUCUCCUCUUGCAGUCUCUUGGCCCUGCGGGGGUCAAGCCCUCCAUGCUGGAAGCCCAGAUAAAGCAAAUGGCCCAUCGCCUGAAGGAGAGAGACCAGGCCUUAGAGAAGACCUUGUCCGGUCACUUCCUGGCAUUGGAGUCUGUGCACCGUGAGGUGAGGCACCUUCAAGAGGCGCUGAAGGACAAAGACGCCGACCUGGCAAGACUUGGCGCUGCCCUCCGCACAGGAGAGGAGACCUUGCAUGCUUUGCGCGAAGUGCUGCAUCAGAAGGAUCGGGAGAUCCAGCGGCUGGAAUCUCUCUCCGCCUCGACCCGCGGAUCCUGGCAGCAGCGGGACCAAACUUUGCUCCUGGCCUUGAAGGAGAAGGAAGCCUUAAUCAAAGCCCUCCAGGAAGCGCUCGCCAGCAGCACCAAGGAUGUGGAGGCGCUCGCCAAUUCCCUCGGCAGCCCCGACUUUGACCCAGGGCUGCUCCAGAGGAUCCAGGAGAAGGAAGACUUGCUGGCCCGGUCUUUGGCUGAACAGGAGGAGAUCAGAGCCCAGUGGCAGAGGCGCCUGGAAGCUGUGGAAAAUGCGGCUUCUGCCACGGAACAGGAGCUGCAGGAGCAGCUGCGGCGCCAUUUGCAGGAUGCCCGAGAACGGGCACAGGAAGCAGAGAAGCUGCGCAGGCGCCUGGCGCAGGCAGAGGCAGAGCUCACCCAGGGAGCUGCAGCUCUGGAGGAGCAUCGCGCAGAAGUUGCGCGGCUGCAGGGGAUGGAGGCAGUGAAGGAGCAGGUCCUGGAGGAAGCUUUGCGAGAGGCAGAGGAGAAGGACCGGGUCCUACAGAGGUUGCAGGAGCUCUGGCUGAAGAAGGUGCCAGGGAGAGAAAUUCCAGGCCAGACUCUCCUGCCUGCUCUCUGAGCCUUGCCCCUGACUGACCUCAAGUGCUCCGGAAAUUGAAGAGAUGCUGGACAAAAUGAAAUUAUACUUGAUCAGCGGAAGCACUGGACAGAGAGACAUAAAACUGCGGGGGCUGGGGGAGUUGCCAAUUUUUUUUAGAAAGGGUGUAUUGCAUGGUGAGCUUCUGUUUCAUUCCUGGGGAAGAGGAGCUAAUGUAGGGAACAUUGAUUGCGAUUGCGUUUUUUAAUCUGGGUGUGAAGUUAUUGGAAAUAGUAGGGGAUGCUGGAGUGCAGGCUUCAUGCAACAGGAGCUGUUUCUUAGGAAUGCACUGCCUGAAAUAAUAAUACAAAAGUGAUCCUAA